UGCAUAUGUACUCAACGUGGCAAGCCAACGCUACGGUAGCCUGCAUCAAUAGGUUCCUCUGAUAAGCAGGCUCUCUAUAUUGAGGGAAACCAAGUCGGGUUGCCUGAGAGAGGGGUGUUCCCCUUGAUAUCGAGCUCCAAGCUCCCCUCUUUGAACUAGAACCUUGCAUACCUACCUAGGUACACUGAAUAACUCCUACGUGAACAGCAGCGCCUCAAUAUGGCGCCCCAAGGAGCGGCUAUGUCGCUUCAGUCUAAGGAUCACAAGAUAUUGAUGGAUAUUAUUGAUAAAUUGAGAUCAAUGGGAAUUAACCGAUAUGUCAAUCUUCCCCAGAUUGUCGUCUGCGGCGAUCAGUCAUCGGGUAAAAGUUCUGUUUUGCAGGCAAUUUCGGGCAUGUCUUUUCCGACCAAGGAUAACCUCUGUACACGUUUCGCGACGGAACUGAUCUUACGACAUACUAAUGAGCACAUUGAAGAGAAAUGUCGCGUGUCUAUUUCUCCUGGUAUCGAUCGCUCGGCUGAAGAAAAGGAACGUCUUGAGAAGUUCCAAUACUCCGAGAUUCCCGACAACUUCAACUUCAAUAUUGGAGCCUUAGUGGAUAAGGCCAAAGAAGUCAUGGGAGUUGGUUCUGAUCAGGGUAGAACUUUCUGUAAGGACGUCCUUCGUAUCGAACUAUCCGGUCCAACUCAGCCUCACUUGACAAUCGUCGACCUCCCGGGACUUUUUCGUGCUGGUAAUAGGGAGCAAUCCGCUGAGGAUGCUGCGAUCGUACAAUCGCUAGUGCUGUCGUACAUGAAGAAUCCACGGAGUAUUAUACUGGCUGUGGUUUCAGCUCAGGGCAACUUUGCUUUGCAGGAUGUCACCCAGCACGCACGCGAGAUUGAUAUUCGUGGUGAAAGGACCUUGGGGCUCAUCACAAAACCGGACACGCUCGACGUCGGUUCGGCAAGUGAGCGUGACUACUUCGAUUUGGCACAAAAUAGGGACGUCAAGUUCCGGCUUGGAUGGCACGUUAUGAGAAACCGUGAUUUCAAAAGCAGAGAUGUCACGAAUGAGGAGUGGGACCAAGCAGAGGCAGAGUUUUUCGGUCAAGGCGUCUGGGCUGGACUACCACGAUCCCAGAAAGGGUCUGUAAGCCUACGUACUCGGCUGAGCGAGGUGCUAAAGGAACAAAUACUUAAACAGCUAUUUGAAGUUCUAGAAGAAAUUUAAAGAGGGUUAACCGUUGGCUCCGCCUUUUGGUACAUAUCUAUUUUGUAGCAUACGAGAUCAAUAUAAUAUAAAUAAUAGGAAUAAUUUUAAUAAAUAAUUAUAAUUAUAAUGAACUGGUGUGGUGCCACAUCGCCAAAAGCAAAGGUAUUAUUAUGUAAUCUUAG